GUGACAGUAGACAGUGACACUAGUGACAGAACCAAAAAUAUUUUUAAAUGUGAUAAGCGCUAAAAAACAGCUUAUAAAAAUAAACAAAAAUAAAUAUAAUGAUUUGCAAGGCUUUUGUGUUCAAGUUUUAUAAAUAAACUCUUUAUUUUUGUUGCAUUUAUACUAGCAUUUAAAAUGUUGCCUAUUGAAAUAAUAGAGCGAAUAUUAAAAAAUUGUGAUGGUAAAUCUCUCUUAAAUGCUAGGAAAGUGGACGAGAAUUGGAAAACUGUAGUAGAGUAUUUAACAGAAAAAACGAAAAUUUGGGAAUGGUGCUGUAAAGAGGAGAUUCCUACGAAUCAGCUAAUAGAAUACAUGCAAAACUAUGAAGAAAGUGAUAGUCAAAAGUGGUUAAAUAUUUACAUUAACUGGUGUUCUUGGGAAGAACCGAAUAAAGUUAUUUGUGACAUAGUCUUAAGUCCAGUAGAAGUACAAAGAAUAUCGAGCAUUGCUGUUUCUAAGGACUUCAUAGCAGUAGGGUCCCAAGAUGGACGUCUUACCAUAUUUACCACACAGUGGAAAAGAGUGUUUAUUGCAAGGAUUUUGGCUGUAAGAAUAAAUAGUCUGACUUUUAUCGAAAGUAGCCAUACUGACCUGGGUAUUGAAAUAUGUUUAGUGAUUUCUUUCCCCAAAGGCUUGUAUAUAUUUUGUUUUGAUGGGUAUAAUACAAGCCAGCUGGAAGUACUAGAUGUAAAAUCACAUAGCGUUUACAAAAACUUUAUUUGCUACGAAAAAGCCGGCGGUAGAAUAACUAUAUCGAAAUUAAUGACUCACGUUGGCAGGAAGGAACUAGUUGAAAUAUGGUUUUCCAGAAUUUACUCGCCUUCGAGUUUGUCCUGCAUGAAAAUGUGGGAAGGUGUUUGCACGUUUCUAAUAAACAACGAAGUGAAAAUUAUAGAAUAUGGGACCGCAGGUGGACCCAUGGACAUCAUGAAAAAGAAAACCAACAUCUCUUUCAAUUCCCCUCUAGAUUCGUUGAAUAUACAAAUAUUGAGAAAUGAUAUAAUUAUAAGUUUAUAUAAAAACGAAGAUGACGGAAAUUGUGAUUUUAUAGAAUUUUUUUUACUCGAUGAAAAUGGAAAAUACAGCAAAAAACUGUUUAGUACUUGGUCGAUAUUUAGGUGCUACAUAACUUGCAUAUAUCUCUACGGAAAUACACUAAUUUUAGGUAGUAACGUAGGCAACGUAUAUAUUUAUCACGUUUCCCGUUGGAAAAUCUUAGACAUCAGGGAUUACAGUCACAAAUUAAUAAUAGGAAAACAUCCUAUUAUAUGCAUGGACGUAAAAGAAACGCCAAAUGAACGAAGAUUUUAUGUAUCGUCUCGUUCGAAUAUCCACGAGAUAACUGGCUUUUUACCAAAUAUUUAUUAGCGUCAUAUUUAAAUAAGAAUAUAUAGGUAUUUCGUAUUAUUUUACUGUAAUCUAGUAUAAUAUUUAAUCAAUUAUUAUUUGUAUAUAUUCGUUCUGAAGCUCUAUAAAACUGGACCAGUCUCAUAGGUGGAGAUAAAUUAAUAAAUGAAAGCAACAAUUAGGUAUUCAACUUGAAAUUUUUUUAUUUAUAGUCUAAGAACCGGUUGUAUAAAAUUAUUUAAAAAGAAAGUGAAAUCGAGAUAUAACUAUUAAGAUUUAACCAACAUUGGUAUGCACUGGUUUUACGCACCAUUCAAAGUAACACACUUCCAGUAAAACAAUUUUAAUGUUGCUGAAGUGGUUUUAAUUUUAUCAUUAUUAUAUACAACAACAGAUAAUCGGCUGAUUAAGAGUAUGGUCCGUUAUAAACCGACUACUAUCCGCAAGUGACCAGGAAUUUUUGAGAGUGGUUCCUGAAAAAACUAAUUUCUUGGUUACUUUUGGACCACCGCUGACAAUUGCGUCAAUUUUGUGACAGAUUGACAUUCACAUUCGACUUA